CGCAGCCCUGACGCGCGCCGGAGCCCCGGGGGGCGCCUCGAACGCGGGGCCUUAGGGAGUGGGCGGGUGAGGGAUCGCGAGCAGCCGGGCCGAAGUCCGAGCGGGACGUGCGGGAGUCCCCGGGGGGCCACCACCCCGCGGUCCGGGCCAUGAGGAGGGACGAGCGAGACGGCAAAGCCAUGCGGUCCCUGCAGCCGCCGGACGGGGCCGGCUCGCAGCCCGAGAGUCUGAGAAACGGCUACGUGAAGAGCAGCGUGAGCCCCCUGCGGCAGGACCCUCCACGCGGCUUCUUCUUCCACCUCUGCCGCUUCUGCAACGUGGAGCUGCUGCUGCCGCCGCCGGCCUCCCCGCAGCAGCCACGGCGCGGCUCCCCGGGCUCCCGGGCGCGCCUGGCGCUGGGCGUCCUGGCCGCCUUUGUCCUGGCCCUCCUGGUGGGCGCGGGGCCCGAGAGCUGGGCGGCGGGGGCCGCGGGGCUGCGGACCCUGCUGAGCGUGUGCUCGCUCAGCCUCAGCCCCCUUUUCAGCAUCGCCUGUGCCUUCUUCUUCCUCACCUGCUUCCUGACUUGGACCCAGCGGGGCCGCGGGCCGGGCCGCAGUGGCGGCGGCUCCUGGUGGCUCCUGGCGCUGCCCGCCUGCUGCUACCUAGGGGACUUGUUGGUGUGGCCGUGGUGGGCCGGGCCCGGGGCCCCGCACACGCCCCCGGCGGUGGCGGGCAGGUUGUUCUUGGUGCUGAGCUGCGUGGGCUUGCUGACGCUCGCGCACCCGCUGAGGCUCCAGCACAGCAUCCUGGUGCUGCUCUUCGGCAGCUGCGUCUGGUGGGUCUCCUUCACCGGCCUCGGCUCGCUGCCUCCGGUCCUCCGGCCGCUGCUCUCCUGCCUGGUCGGGGCCGCCGGCUGCCUGCUCGCCCUGGGGUUGGAUCACUUCUUUCAAAUCAGGGCAGCCCCUCCGCAUCCACGGUUGUCCAGUACCGCGGAUGACAAAGUGCCUGUGAUCCGACCCCGGAGGAGGUCCAGCUGCGUGUCGUUCGGAGAAACUUCGGCCAGCUCCUAUGGCAGUUGCAAGAUGUUCCGGAGACCCUCGUUGCCUUGCAUUUCCAGAGAACAGAUGAUUCUUUGGGAUUGGGACUUAAAGCAAUGGUAUAAGCCUCACUAUCAGAAUUCUGGAAGUGGAAGUGGAGUCGAUCUUUCAGUGCUAAACGAGGCUCGAAAUAUGGUGUCUGAUCUUCUAAUCGAUCCAAACCUUCCCCCACAAGUCAUUUCUUCCCUACGGAGCAUCAGUAGCUUGAUGGGUGCUUUCUCAGGUUCCUGCAGGCCAAAGAUUAAUCCUCUCACACCAUUUCCUGGAUUUUACCCAUGCUCUGAAACAGAAGACCCAGGCGAGAAAGGAGAUCGAAAAGCUCACAAGGGCCUAACCAGUAGGAAUAGCUUAUCAACUCCACAGUUGAGGAGAAGCUCAGGAACUUCCAGUCUGCCACUGUUUGAACAGUCUUCUUCAAGGUGGGAACGCAAUGGCAAAAAGACUCACCAAGAAUUUGGCAUUUCAAGUCAAGGAUGCUACCUAAAUGGACCUUUUAGUCCAAAUCUGCUGACAAUCCCAAAGCAAAGAUCAUCUUCUAUAUCACUAUCUCACCAUAUAGGUCUAAGAAGAGCUGGUGUCAUACCCAGCCUGAGUCCUGUGAAUUCUCCCAGCCAUGGACCAUUGUCUCCUGGUUCUCUAACUAAUCGAUCAUCUAUAGAAUUUCCUGAUAUUGCUGAUUUUCUUGCUAAGCCCAGUGUUACUUUACAAAAAUCUCUGAAUAAUUCACCCAGUUCACCAGAUUUUUAUCAGCAAUUUAGAAGUUCUGAUAGCAAUUUAUGUAACAGUUGUGGACAUCAAAUACUGAAAUAUGAAUCAAUGUCUGAAUCAGAGUCUGGUACAGACUGCCAGAGUGGAAGAUCAGGUGAUGAAGAUGCCACCAUUUUCUCAAAAGAAUCACUCAACUUUAUAGAAGCUCAGCAAGAAGAGGAAACAAAGACGGACGAUAGAAACUUAUUUUUAGAAGGUGAUAGUCACCUAACAGAAGAUGCACAGAAUGAACAACAAUCAAAUGUUGAACAGGAAGCGUCACUGGACAUGAUUUUAGUAGAAGAUUAUGAUUCAUUAAUAGAAAAUAUGAGCAACUGGAAUUUUCAAAUUUUUGAACUUGUGCAAAAGAUGGGAGAGAGAUCAGGAAGGAUCCUCAGUCAGGUUAUGUAUACCUUAUUUCAAGACACGGGUUUAUUGGAAAUGUUCAAAAUUCCUACUCUACAAUUUAUGAAUUAUUUUCGUGCAUUAGAAAAUGGCUAUCGAGAUAUUCCUUAUCACAACCGCAUACAUGCCACAGAUGUUCUUCAUGCAGUCUGGUAUCUGACAACACGGCCAAUUCCUGGCUUACAGCAGGUCCACAGUGAUCAUGGGACAGAGAAUGAAACAGACUCUGAUGGUAGGAUUAACUCUGGGAGAAAGGCUUACAUUUCUUCAAGAAGCUGCUGCAUUCCAGAUGAGAGCUAUGGUUGCCUGUCUUCAAACAUUCCUGCACUGGAACUGAUGGCUCUAUACGUGGCAGCUGCCAUGCAUGAUUAUGAUCACCCAGGACGGACAAAUGCAUUUUUGGUAGCUACAAAUGCCCCUCAAGCAGUGCUGUACAAUGACAGAUCUGUUUUGGAAAAUCAUCAUGCUGCAUCAGCUUGGAAUCUGUAUCUUUCUCGUCCAGAAUACAACUUUCUUCUUAAUCUUGAUCAUGUGGAAUUCAAGCGCUUUCGAUUUUUAGUCAUUGAAGCAAUCCUUGCCACAGAUCUUAAAAAGCAUUUUGAUUUCCUAGCCGAGUUCAAUGCCAAGGCCAACGAUGUAAACAGUAAUGGUAUAGAGUGGAAUAACGAAAACGAUCGCCUCUUGGUCUGCCAGGUGUGCAUCAAACUGGCAGAUAUAAAUGGACCUGCAAAAAUUCGGGACUUACAUUUGAAAUGGACAGAAGGCAUUGUUAAUGAAUUUUAUGAGCAAGGAGAUGAAGAAGCAAAUCUUGGUCUGCCCAUCAGUCCCUUCAUGGAUCGUUCUUCCCCUCAACUGGCUAAACUUCAAGAAUCUUUUAUCACCCACAUAGUGGGGCCUCUGUGUAACUCCUAUGAUGCGGCUGGUUUGCUUCCGGGUCAUUGGAUAGAAACAGAAGAAGAUGAGGAUACUGAAAGCUGUUGUGAAGAAGAUGGUGAAUUAGACACAGAUGAUGAGAUAGAAGAUAAUAUAAAUUCUAAACCACAAAGAAGAAAAGGCAGACGACGAAUAUUCUGCCAAUUAAUGCACCACCUCAGUGAAAAUCACAAGAUAUGGAAGGAAAUCAUAGAAGAAGAAGAGAAGUGUAAAGCUGACGGGAAUAAACUACAGGUGGAGAAUUCUUCCUUACCUCAAGCAGAUGAGAUUCAGGUCAUUGAAGAAGCGGAUGAAGAAGAGGAGAGACAGUUAGAAUAAAGGAAAUGGGCAUAUUGAAGAAGCGCACAGGGCUGUGCCCAGUGUCAGAAACCCCUGCCUAGAGUUCACUGUGCUGACUUUCAACUGACCAUUCCUGUGUGGACUGGCCUUCAUACUGUGAGAGGAUCGUUGCUGUGCUGGCAGUUUCCCCACUUGUACGCACUUUCACCACAUGAACUAGAGAAUUCUUAGAGUUUGGCUUCAGUUGUCUCAUGCUGCAAAACGUUACCAAAUGCCAUCACUGGUAUAAACAUACUUCAUCACAAUCCUGCUUUGCUGGAUAGGACGCUCGAUAUUUCAGGAGAGGUAGUUCUAACUAAACAUUCAAGUGACUUACUUUUCAGAGUAGCCAGAAUUCUUUGUUUCCAUAAAAACAGGAUUCAUGUUUCCAGUGUGUCUUUUAUGUCUUCGAAUGCUUUAGAGAGAGAAAAAAAGUUUGCACCUAUCCAAAAAGGAAUUCAGUUUUGCCUUUGUAAAGAGCAAUUCAAUGCAAUAUACUGUCCCAGCAAAGCUUUUCAGUUUACCCAGUGACCUUUGUUAUAUUUAACAAAAUCCAGGUGCAUCAAUUCCUGAUGCUUUUUACUGUUGUGUAUUGCCAACUAAGUGUAUUUUAUUUCUGUUCAGAGUAUUCUGAUGUAUCAUGGACAUCAGAAGUCUGAAUUCCAGUCUUACUAUAUCCCAUGGUUGAAUUUUAAAGUUGUUCAGGUUUAACAAAGAAGGAAUUUUAUUCUUUAGUCAAAACUGUUCUUAUUUUUCUUGUUUCUCAGGAUUCGUAUUUUUAACAUUUAAUAUAUAAACACUGAAGAUUCAUCACAAGGAAAAAAGUCCUAAUAUCUGUUAACUUUUUAAGAAAAUAGCCCUGUUUUCUCUUCUUUGAUAUAUUUGAAAUAAUUAAAGUCAAGGCAGAAAUGAAAAGAAACUAAUCCUAUCAAAGAUAACAAAAGAAAUGGCGAGUGGUAGGGACACAUACAUUGAAUAAUUGGAAUCUGUGCUUAUCUCUAGAUCCAUAGCUUAGGUAUCAUGUUUAGAUUCAAUGGCUAAAUGUAUCUUUCUAUUAAUUUCCUUCCGCCUUUAUAUUAUAUUAUAGCAAUGAGCUAUGACUAACUACUUCUAGGGCCCAAUUGCAAGUCUGAUUUCUGAAAUAAAGAGGAAAUAGUGGGAUACUUAUUUUACAUAACAAAUUUACAUAUUUUAGUAAACAUUUCAUAUGAAAGCACAGUAGCCACAUUAUUAAGAUAACUGCAAAAGAAAUGGAUCGUAUUUACAAUGUUUAUAAACUUAUUAUGUUCAGAUAUAUACCCAACAUGUAAAAAAAAAAAUCAGAAGACAAAAAGAAUAGCAAAAGUGAUAGCAAGAUGGUAGACUAAUUUUCCAUUAUUUGUGGAGGCCAUAUUAUAUUUUGGAUCUACGUGGCUUCUGUGGUCAGUGAAACCAUUAAUUUUCCAAGGUAGUUCCUGUGAUAUCAGCAGGAAUUUUAACUACCUAGAAUAUUUGGCUUAUCUGAAAGGUAUCAGUUAAAGAUCUAUUAAGUUUGAGUUUAGAUACUGUAUGGUAUCAUGAUACUUAAUGAAUCACUAAGCUUUAUUUAUUAGACACUUAAGAGUUCCUGCUGCUUUUGCUACCAUUGCCAUAUCAUUUGUAAACCGAUUCCACAUUUCCAAGUAAUAAAAUUUUAACUAAUUUAUUGAGUUUGCACUUACAAUGUAUAUAUCCUGUGCUUCUAUAUAUGAUACAAUUUGCAUCCUAUAUUAGUAAACUUUUCUCUCCUGCAAAAUGCAUAAAAUACGUGUAUGAAUUCACACAUGUGCAUGUAUGCAUGAGACUCGUCUAUUUUAUUUCAUUAAAAUUUUGUAUUGGG